CGGGGUCUGCGGGGUGGGUCCCCGGGCGCGCGGCUCCGCCAUCUGACCAUGCUCCUGCGCGGCGCGGCGCUGGCUGGGACGCGGCUGGUUCGGAGCCGGAGCGGCCGGGCUGGCUGGCCUGACUGGGCGGCGGAAGUGGCGGCGUCUGGGAUGGAGAGCAACACAUCCUCAUCUUUGGAGAAUUUAGCAACGGCACCUCUGAACCAGAUCCAAGAAACAAUUUCCGAUAAUUGUGUGGUGAUUUUCUCAAAAACAUCCUGUUCUUACUGUACAAUGGCAAAAAAGCUUUUCCAUGACAUGAAUGUUAACUAUAAAGUGGUGGAAUUGGACCUGCUUGAAUAUGGAAACCAGUUUCAAGAUGCUCUUUACAAAAUGACUGGUGAAAGAACUGUUCCAAGAAUAUUUGUCAAUGGUACCUUUAUUGGAGGUGCAACUGACACUCAUAGGCUUCAUAAAGAAGGAAAAUUGCUCCCACUAGUUCAUCAGUGUUAUUUAAAAAAAAGUAAGAGGAAAGAAUUUCAGUGAUGUUGAUACUAAUAAGUUUGCCAAUAUUCAGUGUCAGUUGAUGAUGCCCAGUAAUGUCUUUUAAAUGUUUGAGGAUGUUUUUAAGUAUAUGCAUUGUCUUCCUAAAGAAGAUGUAAAAAUAAUGAACAAUAAAUUGCAGUGGAUGCCUCA